AUGAUGCUGAGUCCAGACCAAGCCGCCGACUCGGACCACCCUAGCUCGGCGCACUCGGAUCCGGAGUCCUUGAGCGGCGCGGACGCCAAGGUGCUGGGCAACGUGUCGGACCUGGAGCCGGUGGAGGAGGCCGAGGGCGACGGCAAGGGCGGCGGCCGGGCCGCACUCUACCCGCACCCGCAGCAGCUGAGCCGCGAGGAGAAGCGCCGCCGCCGGCGUGCCACGGCCAAGUACAGGUCGGCUCACGCCACCCGCGAGCGCAUCCGCGUGGAGGCCUUCAACUUGGCCUUUGCCGAGCUCCGCAAACUGCUGCCCACGCUGCCCCCGGACAAGAAGCUCUCCAAGAUCGAGAUCCUGCGCCUGGCCAUCUGCUACAUCUCUUAUCUCAACCACGUCCUGGACGUGUAGGGGCGGGCGCGCUGCCAGAGGCUGCGGGUCUGGAUGUCGGGGGACCGAGACGGACCCGGGAGACUCGGACCAUGGAAGAAGUUAUCAACGUGUUGCGUUCUCUCGGACCAGCAGGGAGACAAGGGAAGGUUUCCUAUUCUGGAAGGACGGGAAACGCGGCCUUGCUCCAACGCCAAG